AAUUUGCUAGUCUGAAAGAAACGUCAAACGGAGAAGAUAUGGCGAGGACGGGCAGGGUUGUCGGUGAAAAAAGCCAUAGCAUGUCUGGGGCAUUCUUUAGGGUGACGCUGUUGGCGUGGGCCGUGUGGCUGCUGUACGAGAUUUGCUUGAACCAGCGGACGCAGCUGUCCCCCAUUCUAGCGGGCUUUUGUUUCUACCAAUCCGCCAAUUGGCUCAUCCGCGGUUGCCUCAGUCGAGACCCUCUUGUCGUCAAUACCUCCGUAUCUCUUCUUCACUCUUCCCUCACCUCUGUCUCAGUUAUUUUUGUUGUAGUCAAUCAAUAUACAAGAAGCAGUUUGAGUACAAUGCUUGCUCACUCAGAGUUAGUUGAGCAUUCUUGGCCAUGGGCUUAUCCAGUUCUGUGCAUUUCAUGUGGUUAUUUUGCUUAUGAUCAAUGGGAUAUGUUGCUUCACCAUUUACACAGUGGCUGGAUUCCUUCAAUCCUGGUGCAUCAUCUCGUGCUUCUUGUUUGCUUUACCGCGGCGUUGUAUCGGAAUGUGACAAUCAAUUAUCUUAUCCUCACUCUUGUUUGUGAGUUGCAUUCCGUCCUUUUGCAUUUGCGGAAAUUGAGGCGAAUGGCGAGACAUGUCCGAGGUACUUCUAGAAACAUAGUUGUGAAUGUUGAGUGGUGUGCUAACUGGACAACUUAUGUGUUAGCAAGGUUUGCAUCUCAUGUUCUCAUAACAGUGAAGCUUCUCAAAGAUGCUUCCAAGUUUGACAAGGGGUUGGAGCUCCCACUUGCUCUUGCUGGCAUGGCCGGUAUGAAUUUGCUUAAUGUGUCUCUGGGAGUUGAUCUCUUUCAAGCGUACAUGAGGGAGAGGAAAGAUCAUCAUGGAUGAGACCUUCUCACUCAUUUUAUUUCUGUUAAACUCACUGUGGAUUGGUCUACCAAAGUAUUCAUUGUAAAUUGGCAUGUGUACCGUAACUCUAUUUUUUCCACUCUUAUCUUUUGUCGACGAAAACAUGUAAGUCGGCAUUGUGUACAAUAGCAACACCAUUGGAACACUUGUAAAAUUCUCAACGGCAGGCUUAAAUUCUUACUCUAAAGAUUGGUUUCACUAGUAUGUUGUUGGAGAGUGCUGCAAGGAAUGAAAUACUUCAUUGAAUUUUGU